AUGGUGUCCAAGCUCACGUCGCUUCAGCAAGAACUCCUGAGCGCCCUGCUGAGCUCCGGCGUCACCAAGGAGGUGCUGGUCCAGGCCUUGGAGGAACUGCUGCCAUCCCCGAGCUUCGGGGUGAAGCUGGAGACCCUGCCCUUGUCCCCCGGGAGCGGGGCCGAACCCGACACCAAGCCGGUCUUCCACACCUUAACGAACGGCCACCCCAAGGGCCGCCUGUCCGGGGACGAGGGCUCGGAGGACGGGGACGACUAUGACACCCCUCCCAUCCUCAAGGAGCUGCAAGCGCUCAACACCGAGGAGGCGGCGGAGCAGCGGGCGGAGGUGGACCGGAUGCUCAGUGAGGACCCCUGGAGGGCUGCCAAGAUGAUCAAGGGCUACAUGCAGCAACACAACAUCCCCCAGAGGGAGGUGGUCGAUGUCACGGGUCUGAACCAGUCACACCUCUCACAGCAUCUCAACAAGGGCACUCCCAUGAAGACCCAGAAGCGCGCCGCCCUGUACACCUGGUACGUCCGAAAGCAGCGGGAGAUCCUCCGACAAUUCAACCAGACAGUCCAAAGUUCUGGAAAUAUGACAGACAAAAGCAGUCAGGAUCAGCUGCUGUUUCUCUUUCCAGAGUUCAGUCAACAGAGCCAGGGGCCUGGGCAGUCCGAUGAUGCCUGCUCUGAGCCCCCCAACAAGAAGAUGCGUCGCAACCGGUUCAAAUGGGGGCCCGCAUCCCAGCAAAUCUUGUACCAGGCCUACGAUCGGCAAAAGAACCCCAGCAAGGAAGAGAGGGAGGCCUUAGUGGAGGAGUGCAACAGGGCAGAAUGUUUGCAGCGAGGCGUCUCCCCUUCCAAAGCCCACGGCCUGGGCUCCAACCUGGUCACUGAGGUUCGUGUCUACAACUGGUUUGCAAACCGCAGGAAAGAGGAAGCGUUCCGGCAGAAGCUGGCCAUGGAUGCCUACAGCUCCAACCAGACGCACAGCCUGAACCCCCUGCUCUCCCAUGGCUCCCCCCACCACCAGCCCAGUGCCUCUCCUCCCAACAAGCUGUCAGGAGUGCGCUACAGCCAACAGGGAAACAAUGAGGUCACUUCCUCCUCUACAAUCAGUCACCAUGGCAACAGCGCCAUGGUGACCAGCCAGUCUGUUUUACAGCAAGUCUCUCCAGCCAGCUUGGACCCAGGCCACAAUCUCCUCUCACCUGAUGGUAAAAUGAUCUCGGUCUCAGGAGGUGGUUUGCCCCCCGUCAGCACCUUGACGAAUAUCCACAGCCUGUCCCACCAUAACCCCCAGCAAUCUCAAAACCUCAUCAUGACACCCCUCUCUGGAGUCAUGGCCAUUGCACAAAGCCUCAACACCUCCCAAGCACAGAGCGUCCCCGUCAUCAACAGUGUGGCCGGCAGCCUGGCAGCCCUGCAGCCGGUGCAGUUCUCCCAGCAGCUGCACAGCCCUCACCAGCAGCCCCUCAUGCAGCAGAGCCCAGGCAGCCACAUGGCCCAGCAGCCCUUCAUGGCUGCUGUGACUCAGCUGCAGAACUCACACAUGUCCUCUCCAAGCCUGGUGAUACCCACACAUCACUUACUUUGUGCACAGCAACAAGGAUCCUAUUUUCCACACCAUCGCUCUCCGGACAGCUGUCAUGGAACAGCCCAGUGGCCUGACAAGCACCUGCAAGAGGUCUCUGCUUACCUGACAUCCUGCUGGAACCUCGGACAAUCCGUUCUCAGGAGGCGCAGCCCGAAGGCCAGCUUCCCUUCCAUGCAGUAUUGUCACGAUGCCUCUCCCAAGAUGCCAGGUCCUCCCAUCUGAUCCAGAGGUGGGAGAAGAAACCACGGAAGAGGAAGAGAGAAAGCCGUAGUGUCUACAUUAUGCUCCUUCAUCGAACAAACCGAUGUGAAAACUUGAAUCUGUUACUGAAAUGAGGAGAGGAGGACACGUGCUAUAUUGAACUGAGCCAAACACACUGUAAAUAUCAGCACUCCCUCCCCCACCCCCAUCCCAACUGAUCUUGAGAUUUCUUUUAAAGAAGUAAAUUUGUCCAAUGGGUGUAAACUAUAAACUACUGUAAUUAAGUGCAAUUUCCCCUCCACUUCCUUGCCCCUCUGCCAUGUAUAUAAUACUAAAGUAUCUAUUAGUUUUCAUUGUAAAGGUCAGAGUUGAAUUUUUCAAAGUGAUUUGCCCCCUUUUCCUUCCCGUAUGGAGAAAUAUCCUACAUCGUAAGUGCAGCCCUUGCCCCCUCUCUCAUGCCUGGACACGCACAGGGACACUGUGUAUUUUGGACUGCCUGCCAGCUAACUCCAGUCUCCUGAUGUUAAGACACACCUCUGGAUCCCUGGAGGGGCCGAACAUAGUGUCAGAGUAACGUCCUAGCAUCUGGUGGGGCUAAGGGUUCAGCCAGUGCACCCCCAAGAAACCCCAAGGCAGGGAAACUGGCUGUUUGAUAGCAUAAGAAAAAGUCCUUUCAGA